UUAACCAAACCCUUCAGCAAGCCAAAAAUCCCUAACCGUUUCCCUCGAGCCUCUUUCUCGUCCACACGCCGCGGCCGCCGCCGCCGCCUGGCCAGGAUGAAUCCCCAUCCUUUGGUGGAUGCAAUCCGCGAGAAAGUAGUCGCCUACAAUGAGACGCUGAGAGCUCACCGCGAAAAAAGUUCCGGUGACCAUGAACUUUCGAUAGCAAAGGAAGUGAGGGAGAUGGAGAAAGAAAUUGAAGCUCGCCGCCGCCGUAUCCAUCCUGUUACAUUUCCGGAGUCGGACGCGGAUGAGGUUAAUCGCAGGAUAAACCAGAUGUUGAACAGAGAUAUGGUUACCCCGGCUUUCGGAGACCUUUUCGUGGAGGACCCUGAGACAAUCAUUUCUCGGCUCGAAAAUAUCACGGGAGGACUAAGUCAGCUCAUUAUGUUCAGUCGGGAGCAACUCAACCCUGGUGACUUGGACUUCGACGUUGAUUCGGUGGUAGCUCGUUGCUAUCUUUGGCUGGAUGAUGCGUAUGCGGCGGGUCUCCGAGCAUUUGUGGAUCCGAUAACUAAUCUCAAGAACAGCUACGCCACUGAAAAUGCACAGGGAUUGUUGGAUGAGCUUGAGGCGCUGGGUGUAGAAAUGCAAGAGGAGAUUGUAGCGAUAGGCCAGCUUGCCGGGCUUCCGUGGCGAUUGGGGGAGUAGAAUUGCAAGUAGAGAUUGUAGCAUUAGGCCAGCUUGAGGGCUACCGUGGACAUGGCGGCGUCUGACAUCUGUUGGUUAAGUCUAUUUUAUAUGCUGGAUUUGAUAUGUAUGGGUACAAUCAAUGAUAGGAUUAAGUUGGUUAAAUCUAUUUUAUUUCCAACUUUUUGAGCUUUUCUUGAUGUUUCCAUGUGCCAUGUUUUACUUCCCUACACAGAGUACUAUCUUUGCGUUGGGCCUGAAGCUCUGUUUCUUCUGUCAUGGUUAGCACAUUUGUAUGUAGGAAUUCUCUUGUUGUGGGUGGCAUCAUCGUCUUGUUCAAACCACCUGCUUUCCAUGGUAAUACUAUAUAUAUGGUGGCGUCUUCGGUGC